GACAGCCAAUAGAACGUCGCGAAAGAAGAGCUACAAAAUUUGUAUUUUUCUGCACGAGCUUCUUCCUCUCCUUGGUCUGCUGAGUUUUCCAGUCAUGAUGGACGCCCUGUCGGUGGUGUGUCAGCUGCGGGAUCUUGCGUCUGAACCGCAAAACCGAGCUGUGAUCGUCCAAGACCAGGGUUGUCUUCCUGGACUAGUUCUCUUUCUGGACCACCAGAAACCAGAAGUGUUGCUUGCAACCUUGCAGACUCUUCGUUAUCUGGCUGAAUUACCUCCCAACGUACCCAUUAUGAAGAACGAGCUGGGUAUGAUGGUGAGCUUGGAAAAUCUUAUCCAAAGAGGGGAUCUCUCUCUUGAUAUCACGGCUCUGGCUAAAGAGGUCUAUGGCAUUCUGAGGGAGCCUGUUAAUCCAACACCACGCACACCGGAGAGGGAGAGAAGGAGGAAGCCUCAGUUCUUUAUCAACUCCACCAACAAGAAGGCAAAAUCUGUCACACUACACAUCCAAGGGCUGGAAAGCACUCAUCAAAGAAGCUUGUGUGAAGAGGCUCUGCUAAAAGUCAAAGGGGUGAUCAGCUUCACUUUUCAAAUGGCCUCUAAGAGAUGUACAGUCCGUAUCCGUUCAGACCUUCCCACUGAGAGCCUGGCAACAGCUAUCGCCUCCACUAACGUGUUGUCUGCUCAGCAAGUGGUGAAAAACGAAGCAGGAGAGGAGGUUUAUAUCCCUCUGAAAUCAAGUGGCGUUCAGGUGCCGCAAAACUCCGCCCUCCCAGACUACCUCCCGGAGGAAGAGGAGAGCCCGGAGAGGGAGGUUGACAAAGCCAUUUCCCGCACUGCAGCUAAAGAGGAUUCCAGUGGGAGCUGGCUGAAUGCCGCCGCAGGUUUCCUCACAAAAACCUUCUACUGGUGAAGCUCACAUUUUGUUCAAAAGCUGUCCGGAUAGACUCUUCAGCACAAGUUGGGAGGAGCUCACAUGAGGGCUUUAUGUCUGAUAAUCAGCAAUAUACAGAUUCCACUGUGUAUGUGUGUAUAUACGGGUUUGAUGUCCAAUAUUGUUCAACCUGAACAAAUCUAAACCUACCUGUUUCAUUGCUGUUUUCUAUCCCCAAAUACUAUAUAAAUGUACCGUCCUUCUUGUCUUUUCUGUUUAUCCUUUACCUCCAAACAUUCAAAGCUAAAGGUUUCUGUCAUUCAUUGAAAUCUUAAGCAUUCCUGCUGUUUGUAAGUAGUAAGUAAAUAUAUAAAUA